AAUACACUGGAGGAAACCCUGAAUUAUUUUGCUGUAUUAAAACAGUUGCCACAAACUCAAAAUUUCAAUGACUGAUUAAAACAGGGAUCCAACGUGUUCUUUAUUGUCAUCUCUCCAUGUAUGCUAGUCUCUCUCUGACUACAGCCAAUAUGUCAGGCUGUAGUGAGGACCUAAUUUGGGUCACAGGCCUAUGUUUAAUGGAUCCCCAAAUUACCACUCUGGUGAAAUGCUUUCAGUACAGCUCCCUUGGUGAGAGGCUAAAUGUUUCAUUUGAGUCCCAAGCUGCAAAGAUUUAAGAGCCCUGGACCUAAAUGAUAGCUAGACCUCGAGCUCAGCCAUAGAUCGUAAUGGGACAAAGAGUCUUUGGCCUUGCCUCUAAUUUUCACCCAGGCACAGUGAAGAGGUCUGUCCACAGCUGAUAAGUGGUUUUAAUUUGAUCUCAACUCUUCUUUUCUUCUCUAUUUUCCUCCCUGCAUCCCUCGUUACUGCCUUGCCUCUUUCUUCACUCAUCCUUUCCUUUCAUCACCUCAUUCUCUCAUCUCCCUGCUCCUGGUCCUGUCUCGAUGUGUUUUUAGACAAUGGCGUGGCUCCAGGUGCAGACAGCAAGACUCCUUCUCACUUUGGCAUUCCAAUUCUAUGUCAUCGUCGCUCCAGACGCUGGUCUUUCUGGGGUGGUACCAGAAAGACGAGACUCAGUUGACAUUGUGAAGAAAGAGUCCCAUCCGGUGCUGGUCAGACAGAAGAGGGCUUGGGUGUGGAAUUCCAUUUCUGUGACAGAAGAAAGAGAGGCACCCAUCCCUUACAAGAUAAAACAGCUUCGGUCAGACCAAAAAGUGGCAGUGAGGACGUUUACAAUAGAAGGUGAAGGAGUGAACCAAACCUUCAUUGUGGACAACAAAGGAAACCUGUAUGUCAAGGAGCGUCUGGACAGAGAGAAGAAGGCCUGGUAUCAUCUGACGGCCAGGAUGUACGAUGGAAAUGGCCUGUUGAUAGAGGACGCUGGGGAAUUUGAUAUUGAAGUGACAGAUAUCAAUGAUAACUGCCCAGUUUUUCAAGAAGAGUACAAAGGAUCCGUCAUGGAGAGAACAAAGGAUACAGUAGUUCAAGUCAAGGCGACCGACGCAGACGACCCAAACACAGACAACGGACAAGUCAGGUACACUCUGCUCAAUGGCCGGACCUCUGAUUUAUUUGAAAUCAACUAUGAAACAGGUGUGAUCACCUCUAAGGUAAGCAGCCUGGACCGGGAGACAAAGAGUCAAUACGUGGUGGUGGUCCGGGCUCAGGACAUGAAAGGAAGGGAGUCUGGCUGCAUUGCCACCACCUCAGUGGCCAUCACCAUCACUGACGCCAAUGACAACAUAGCGUCUUUUACCAAAAGAAAAUAUGAAAUAAGUGUCCCAGAAAACCUUAAAGUUAAUGAGAAGAUUGGCAUCCUGGAGUUAAUAGACUUAGACGAGGAUGAGAACAAGCAGCCCAUCUUUUCUAUUCCAAGUGGCAAUGGGAAUGUAUUCAGCACCAAACCCAGUAAGGAUAACAACUGCAUACUGGUGCUCAAACAGGCUUUAGACUACGAGUCGCGGAAUAACUACACCUUCACUGUCAGGGUGGAUGAACGGCUACAAUUUUCUCCAGCAGAAAACCUCAACGUCGCAAAUACAACGGCACAAGUGACCAUCAAAGUGACGGAUGUGGACGAGCCACCAAUUUUCACUCACUCCAUCUACAACUUCAGCGUUCCAGAGGAGCAGAUGGAAAAAACAAUAUUGGGGAGAAUCCAAGCCAGAGACCCAGAUGGAGUCAGGAAGCGCAUAGAGUACUCCAUCCUGGAAACGGGCUUACCCUUUAGGAUCGACUCGACCUUGGGUCAGCUGUCUGUUCUGAGGAGGCUGGACAGAGAGGCGGAGGAGCAACACAUGUUUAAAGUUAAGGCGCAAGAGGAGAAUGGCGGCCUGGCGUCAUUUGCUGACGUUUUUGUAACAGUUCUGGACGUCAAUGACAAUCCACCUGAACUGAUUGCCAAUGAUAUCUUUGUGUGUGAGAACGACGUCAGAAACACGGUGAUCGGUAACUUGGGAGCCUCGGACAAAGACGAUCAAGCAGCUAGCUUCACUUUCAGUCUCGCUCUUCCCAGCUCCAACUUCUCCAUCAGAGACCACGGCAAUAACACGGCUGCUUUACUGGUGAAGGAGGGCCCCUUCAACCUGGAGGAUUCCAGUGAUUACAGUGUGGAAGUGCGCAUCAGUGAUGGAGGCCAGCCUCUCAUGAGCAGCAUCACCAAACUGCAAAUCAAGUUAUGCCAGUGUGACGCCAAGCGAGUUUUUUCAAGGUGUAAGGCCAGUAUGCAGAGGAUGGGGGUCAGCGUCCACGCCCUGAUUGCCAUACUGCUGUGCAUACUGACCAUACUGGUGAUAGUGAUCCUGUUUGUGAUGAGGAAACAUUACCAGAAGGAUUCUUUGGCCAGUAUGAAGAACAAUGGUGAGAUCCAUGAGCAGCUGGUCACAUAUGAUGAGGAAGGAGGAGGAGAGAUGGACACAAAUGGGUAUGUAGAAAAACAUGUAUAGUUCAUAUAAACCUGAGGAAGACAUUUUGUCCUUUGCAGUUUUCUCCAUGAAAAUCAAGAUAAUUUCUGUUCUUUUUCUUGCAAAUGUUUUUUUUUCUUUAUCCUUGUGAGGUUGUGACUUCACUUGGUGAUUUUCUCUUUUGUUCUUCAUUUCCACUAAAGGGAAAUAAAAGCAUCAGCUCUAGAAACUCAAGUAUUUUCUGCGAUUCCAAGAAGCUUCUUGGAAUCGCAGUCUGAUCGGAACAAUUCAAGAACGUUUUGAUAAUUUGUAAAGUAUGGAAAAUACAAGAAAGGUUUUACCCAUCCAGAUCCAGAAAGAGCUUUGAAAACAAAAUAUUUAGAAAUAGCACAACAUAAAAGGAAGAUAUUAUUUAAAAGUUAUUUUUAAUGAAUUAAAAUACCAUUGAAAAGUUCUUUAAUUUCUGCAAUUCAAGUCAAAAAGUGACACUCACCUGUUUGUGGUUCAGUCAGGAGUGAAAAUAGUUUUAUAUUUUUGCUGGUACUAUGGCGAAAAUCGUCAGUGGCUCAUUGUGAGAACCAAAUAAAAUCAUAAGAUUUUACUCUACUGUAGACUACCUCUAUGGAUAACACAGAAAUUAGAAACACUUCACAAUGUGGAAAAAAUAUAGAUUUUGGUUCUGCCACACAGGGUGGAAAGUAAAAGUUACAUUUGCUGUAAUUACAGUUUGUCUAAUUUGUCUUGUAAAUUGUUUGCAAAACCUGAACUUUUACUUUUUUUAAAUUUGUUUUGAAGAAAGUUAUUCUGCUAC